AUGUCCAACGAUGGGAAUGCCCUUCAUCUGAGGACAGCAUUAACCAGAAGUCCUCCAGCAUUAACUACAGGAAGACCAUGUCUUGCUGGUACUCAAACACUGAAGCAUCAACAAGCUGAAGAGAAGCGAAUCAAUCUGAAUUUGACCAAUGAACGCUUCUUUAGUUUGAAUGCUCGCGAGUGUACUCAAGAAUCGAGUGGAAACGGCUCCGUGUUGUCUGACCAGGGUAAUUCAAGUUAUUUUGAGAAUGGAAACAAGUAUGAGGCUAAUUUACUUUGGGCUGGACAAGGUCAUGUAAAACUGGAGGGAGAUACCAGUGACAUGAGUAUAGAGAAGAGUGAUGAAUUUAUAAAUGGUUCAGGUAAUAGCAGUAACAGUAACAAUAAUAAUCUGGAGGAUCCAGUUGUCAAAUCAGAGUAUCGACCUCUUGGAGCUCGAGCAAAGGACUUUAGUGUAGCUGUAACAGCUUCACCUUCGAGCUCAGGAAGGUCAACACUUCAUUACGCUUCUGAUGACGACUUUGAUUACGAUUCAAUGGUUGAGCAGACACAUAAGAUUGCCAGUGAGGAUUUUCAGACACUAGACGAUAAUCUAACAUUUAUAGCACAGUAUGUGAAAGAGUUGACAGGUUGUGGUGAGUCAAUAAAAUCGAUAUCGACAACAGAUAAUCGUGUUAAAAAUGCACCGUCAACCCAUAAAUUUACAACAGCAAACAAGCCACAAUAUCAACAACAACAACAACAGCAACAGCCACCAUCUCAGUCGAUACGCACAUCACUACCACAUCCUGUUCAUAACCAAGACGACUGUCAGCCUCAAAAACUACAGCAGCUACAACAAUUGUAUCAAAGUGCAGUUUGGUUAUUGUCAACGAGGAACAAUACUGAGAUUGGAAAAGAUCUCACUAAUUCGCUAACCCAAGACUUCCUUCUCAGCUUUUCGACAAAUUCCAAUAUCAAUGAGGAUCUAUUGAACAGUUUCUUGACGACUGCUGAUUCAAUUAAUGAAAGAGGUAAUCGAAGAUCUUUAACUGAAUCUGAUCAGUGCGAUACACCAUCUCCUUUCACAACAUUUCAGUCACCAAAUCAGAAUCGUCAAGUUACCGAAAAUGACUUGACAUCACAUGAGGAAAGUCUGCACCGAAAUAUUCUCCACAAUACAUCACAUGUAUCAACGCAAAAGAACUUCCAGGAUAUGCAUUCAGUUGGUAUGCAUCGUAUCAGCAGUAGUAAUGAGAAUUCAGUAGGUGCUUUACUCAACGGAAGGAUCAGUGCACUACAAAAUCCUCCAUCAUCAGCUGACUACAAUCAUUUGGUUAAUCCACCCACACAGCUGAUUGCUAAUCACAUAACGACGAAUUUGUUCUCCAAAACAACUUCGAAUUAUACUCCAUUUCUAGUGAACUUAUUGAACAUGUCUCAAUCACUAAUGAACACUUCAGGAGGUCAAAUGAAUACUACAGUACUACAAGAACAGACUGAUAUAAUCCUCAAUCUUUUGGUAAAUCAGAGGGCCAGCAUUCAGUCGAAUUCUUUAUGUAACAAUAACAGUAAUAAUAAUAAUAAUGCUGUUAAUAAUCUUCCACAAAUGUCUCACGGAUAUUCUGCAGUAGGGCACCUAACAAGUUUGGCCAGUUCAUCCCUAUCUGGUUAUCAAGGGAAUAUUUCUUCUUUCUCUUCAUCUUGCCAAAACGAUCAGCACACAAUGUUAAACAGAAGUCUUACUGAAAAACUGUCUCAGAGGAUCAUUCCUUAUCAACAACGUCUGAAUUCAUUCACAAAUGAUGUAGACAAAGUUGCUAAUGUUUACAGGAAUUCAGCAGGCUACUGUUAUCUAAUAUUCGAAGAGGAGACUUCUGUUUCUAAACUGCUGGCAAACUGUUUCGAAAAUCCUGACAAAGGUGGAAAUUAUUACAAAAUGUCAAGUCCUAAGUUCGUAUCCAAAGAUGUGCAGGUAAUCCCAUGGGUUUUAAGUGAUGAUCGCUUCUCAAAUUCAACUCCUAAGCCAGAGGAUAUGAAACGUUCUGUAUUUGUUGGAGCUCUGCAUGCAUUGAUUACUGCAGAAGCACUCGUGAAAAUUAUGGAUGAUAUAUUUGGAAAUGUUGUUUACGCGACUUUGGAUACAGAUCGGUACAAAUAUCCUACUGGUUCUGCUAGAGUGGUUUUCUCGAGUAAUAAAAGUUAUACAAAGGCUAUUAUUGCUAAUUUUGUCAAUAUUCGAACGUCGAAGUUCAUUAAAACAAUUCAAAUAGAUCCCUAUCUAGAGAAUACGGUUUGUAGCAGUUGUACCACAUUUCCCGGUAUAUAUUUUUGCAGAGCAUUAGAAUGUUUCAAAUAUUUUUGUCCAGCUUGUUGGUAUGUACGGCAUAAAUCAUUUGAUAAUUCCUACAUGCAUAUACCAUUACGACGUGGAUUCAGGACGAAUGUUGAUCAGCAAUAA